AGUUCAGUUUAUUUUACUGCAAACAAAUGCUGCCAAUGUCUAUUCCAAUUUGCCCUUAUACUUGUGUUUGGUUGUGCUGAUGUAAUAUUCCCUUUCUUUUCUUUUUCUUUUUAUGUAUCUAUUGUCAACCUCUCCCUUUGCUAUUACAUGAAUGUGGUUAUUUUCAAUAGUUGAAUCUUCAAAUCUUCCAAAAAAAUAGAACGGCCCCGUCCAUGACUUAUCUGGUACUCAUUGAUGGGCAACAUAAGCAUGGUGGGAUUUGUUUUCCAAUAAUGCUUUAAUUCAAUUACUGAUUCCUAACGUGCUUGGGUCCAUUGUGUUUUAGCUGUUUUUCCCAUACCGGUUCUGUUUGGUUGCGUUUUUCGUGUUUUCGCUCUCCACUAUGUGGGGGUAUUAAUGGCUUUUUUAUCAACACAACCACCAUUUCCUUAUUUUUCUAUACCAAUUACGCCAAUUUCAUUUUAUGAAUGGAUGCUGCUGUUUCGAUUUUCCUUUUGUGUAUAUUCAGGCUUUGCUACAUUUUUGCUUGCUUAGUUUGACUCUGAUGUAGGUGAUUGUUAAUCUUUUUUUCUCCCCUACACUUACGGAUUAUGGUUUUGUGUAAUUUCCUGGUGGUGAUAUCUUACUUCAUGAUGUCAUCGAUAUCGAAUCAUGUAUGUUUGUAGUUUCGUUUAAGCUUUAUCAAAUCUCUGUGCCGUUAACAUGCCAAUGUUGGCUUGUACAGUGAUGUUUUCUGCAUUCAUGGAAAGAUUGUAAACACCAGUUCAUGUAUAAAAUAUUGGAUUAUGUGAUGCAUGUAGGCAAUCGAUGUUUUGAAAAUUAUAUAAAGUCGGUGGUGUUUUUCAAGGCAAAAAAUAUUAAACUGCGUAGUGCUAGAAUUAGAUAAAUCACUAGGAUUGAUUGGAUAAGACAUUUCAUUGGAAACAAUGUGCCUUGAGUCAUAAGAAUCAAGGUCUACCUAGAUGUAUACAUGUUUUAUCAUGAUGCUUCAGCGACAUGCACUUCAACCAAAAAUAUCACAACAGCUUUCAACAGCUUCGUAUACAUAUAUUUGACUCCAUUGGGUUCACAAGAUUUCUUUCCCCCUGUGAAUCUUUUGCCCCACUUAUGUUUUUAUGAAAUUCAUUGGUUGGUGAGGCAUAUUUCAUACCGCGUGUUCAUCAUUUUGUGUAGUUUGGAUAAUUUUCUUUUUGUUUUACUGGUCACUUUUUCAUUCUCACUCCUUACAGAUGUUAUUCCAGACAUGAAUCUUAACCAGACCUCUUAUUCCUAUAAUAUGCCGAUCUUGUUUACGCACACCGAUUAUAGCUGAGUAACCUAGAGAGAUGAACAGUAUUCAGGACUUGUGUGCUUGAUGGACUGCUUGCCGAACAACAGUGAUAAUAAAACAUUGAAGAGUUUAAGUAGUGAUAGGAGGCUGGAUUCAAUGGACUUGAAAUCCAACCACACUGCUCUUGUUCUUGCUGAUCCUGCACCACUAAACAAGUCAACGCUUCGAGUAUCUUCCGGUCUGUUGCCAUACUCAGGAGCAACUAUCUCUCAGAAUCUAUUUCUAACUGUUCCUACGAUGAAAGCUGGAAUUCUUGAUAUUCGUGCCAGCAAUUGUCUGGAUUCUAUGGAAUCCUCAUCCCCUCCUGAUAAGAAAUCUAGGGAUUUCAAUAAUGACCUUGAAUCAACUGAUACAGAUGUUGCAUAUCGUGCAUGGCUGCAUAAAUAUCCCUCUGCACUCGCAUCUUUUGAUCAAAUUACAAAUCCAGCAAAAGGCAAGAGAAUAGCAUUGUUUCUGGACUAUGAUGGGACUCUUUCACCAAUUGUGGACAACCCGGAUUCUGCCUUUAUGUCUAAUGAUAUGCGAGCUGCAGUAAAAAAUGUGGCGCAAUUCUUUCCAACUGCAAUAAUUAGUGGCAGAAGCCGUGACAAGGUAUAUGAGUUUGUAGGGCUAACAGAGCUCAAUUAUGCUGGAAGUCAUGGAAUGGACAUCAUGGGUCCUGUUAGGCAAUCUUUUGAUGACCACUCUAACUGCAUUAGAUCUACCGAUAAUCAGGGCAAAGAAGUUAAUUUAUUCCAGCCUGCUAGUGAAUUCUUACCUAUGAUUGAUGAGGUUUUUAACUCACUUAUCAAUAACACCAAGGAUAUCCGAGGAGCAAAAGUUGAAAACAAUAAAUUUUGUGUCUCUGUCCAUUACCGAAACGUAGAUGAGAAGGAUUGGACAGUAGUUGCACAACGAGUCCAUGAUGUCAUCAGAAACUACCCUCGUCUACGGUUGACUCAUGGGCGGAAGGUUGUAGAGGUUCGGCCUGUGAUCAACUGGGAUAAGGGGAAAGCUGUUACAUUUCUUCUUGAAUCACUUGGGCUUAGCAAUUGUGAGGAUGUGCUUCCCAUUUAUGUUGGAGAUGACCAGACAGAUGAAGAUGCGUUUAAGGUUCUUAGAGAGGGAAAUUGUGGAUAUGGCAUUUUAGUUUCAUCCGUGCCCAAGGAGAGUAAUGCAUUUUUUUCCCUCAAGGAUCCACAAGAGGUUAUGGAGUUCCUCAAAUCACUGGUGGUAUGGAAGAAGACAAGUACCCUCUGAAACAAAUAAUAUAGAGAAGAAGAAAUUUUGUGUGAUACAUAGAAUAAGAUAGCCUAAGCUAUUUAUGUACUUCUUAGUUAACACACGAAUGGGAAUUGCACAGAGGCCUAAACUGUUUCUUUUCAAUGCUGCCAUGUCCUUAAGUGUAUACUCCUGCCUUAACAUAUCUUUCUGAUCUUCAGUUUUGGUCAGUCCUUCUCCAAUGGAAAACUCUAAAUCUUUGUUUUUUCAUUCUUUUCUUCUUUGAGAAAUAUAAUAAACCCCUCUUGGCUCCUUCUC